GAUUUUUAGAAAUAUAUUACAUGUUUAUUUACCGUGUGUUUAAAAUACCAUUUUAGAACAUUUGAAAUACUUUUCACUACCAUAUUUCCGCAAGCUGUUCAAUCUCACACAGUAUCUUCUUUGAUAUAUAUUCAGUCAAAGUUUAUUCUGAAGAGAUAAUCAUGCAUCCAUCGACAUCGAACAGGCCAAGGCAGGAGAUGACUCCCGAAGAGAUCGAGCGGCUGGAGGAGGAGGAAUUCACCCACGGCCCGCUCUCCAUUCUCAAGACAUCGAUGCUCAACCACACCCAGGUGUUGAUUAAUUGCCGAAACAACCGUAAGUUACUUGGGAUUGUAAAGGCCUUCGACAGGCACACCAAUAUUCUUCUGGACAAAGUGAAAGAACUCUGGACUGAGAGGAUCAGGGCUAAAGUCGGAGACAAGAAGAAAUCAGUUCCAGUGAACAAAGACCGUUACAUACCAAAAAUGUUCCUGCGAGGUGACUCGGUCAUACUCAUCGUUAAAGUUCCUUCGCUGCAGAGGAUGCCCAAGCUUCACACUCUUCACAUCGAGUCUCAGCGCUAUCGAGAACCUGAGUACGACUACGAACAGCAACCUCCGAUGCAACAACAGAUGAUACAACAGCAGGCCUACCAGCCGCAACAACAAGUUUACCAACAAGGAAUGGAAACUCAAUUAUACCAACAACAGGUCUUGGAACCUCAUAUGUACCAACAACAAACUAUGGAUCCACAGCGCUACCAACAACAGAGCAUAGACCCACACUACCAACAACAGCCCAUAGAACCCCACCCGUACAAACAACAAACCAAGGAUUCUCAGCACUACCAACAACCUGUACGAGACACUCCUAUCUACAAGCAGCCGUCAUCCGAAACUCAUGUUUAUGAACAGCACGCCCAAGAAGAGGUCUUUCAGGCGCCCAAACAAGAAGUAAUGGUGCACCAACCACCAGCGCAAGAGAACCAAGGUCUAUCUGAGGACUCAAAUAUUCAGCGAAUAAAAAGAGAACCCUCUGAGGAGCCACCGCAACCAGCACAAGAGGCCUCAACCAGGCCCAGAGACUCAGAGGAGCAGCCUGCGCAAGAAACGGAGGGUGAAAAGGAGAAAUCUCCUGACUCGACUAAGGCCUCUUAAAGCAAAAGAUAGACGAGACCAUCGUUAUAUUAUUUACUUAUAUUAUUUAAUUGUUAUAUUUACAUCUUUUCAUUCAUCAGCUUGUAAAGUAUUAAUUUUAUUGUUAUUGUGUUCUGAUCGUAAUAAAUAAGAG